CUUCAAAGAAUGUCAAAUCUCAACAAGCUUGACUUUGUUGCUUUGGAAGUUUCCGGAAGGAACUACCUCAAAUGGACCCAGGAUGUCAAGCUCCAUUUAACUGCAAAUAAGAUGAGAUCAACGAUUAAUGCUGACAACAUCGCCCCUGAAGAUAUGAAGGCAAGGGCUAUGAUUUUCAUCAGGAAACAUAUGGAGGAAGCACUCAAGGUGGAAUAUUUAGCUGAAGAGGACCCACGGUCCCUGUGGGUGGCUCUAGAAGAGCGAUUCAACCAUCAGAGGACUAUCUACUUGCCAGAAGCAAGGCACGACUGGCAGAACAUACGUUUCCAGGAUUUCAAGACUGUCAAUGAGUAUAACUCUGAAAUCUGUAGGAUUCGGUCACUCCUAAAAUUCUGUGGAGAAGAGCUCACAGAAGCUGAUCUAUUGGAGAAAACUUUCUCCACCUUCCCUCCUUCCUGUAUGGUCCUGCAGCAACAAUACAGGGAGAGAAACUUUGCUAGAUUCUCAGAAUUGGUCACCGUCCUGUUGCUCGCUGAAAAGAACAACGACCUACUUUUGAGGAAUGAUCAAGCAAGGCCCACCGGUACCAGAGCAGUUCCUUUGCCUGAAGCAAAUGCUAUUGCCCAUCGCGAAAAUAAUCGCGCAAGGAGAAACCGGGGUCGUGGAAGGGGAAUGAGGCCUGAACGUCCGAGACAUGGAAGGAGAAAUGGGCCCAGAAAUGCCCCAUAUGACCGUGACCACCGAGGUAAUCGCCCAAGGGGUCGAGGAGGACGUGGACAAGGCCCACGUGGUGGAAACAGAAAUGCCCAGGUCCAACAAGCUCAAAUUAGAGAGAAUGUUGGCCCGGCCCGUCACCCUCAGAAUCAGCAUAAUCUAUGUUAUAGAUGUGGAGGCACUGACCAUUGGUCUCGCACCUGCCGUGCAACAAAUGAAGAGAUAGGAGAGUAUCACGCCAGACGCGGAACUCGAGAGGCCAACCUUGUAGAAGGGUCAGUUCCUAUGGAUACCACCUUGGAGAUUACUGAUUUCCAAGCAGCCAAUGAGUACAUCGAGGAUUGA